UUAACUUUAUUUAAUAUUUUAACUUAACUCGUAACCGUGGGGCAACCAGAUUUCCUCCUUUUAAUGUUUGUUUAUAAUUUUAUUGACAUGAUACUUUUAUUAUAUUUUAAUUUGUUGUAAAUUUUAUUGUGCAGUAUAUUUUUAAUGUGAAAAUGUCAUCUAGAUCUAGAGGACUUUCAGAAACCCACAAGUUGAAGCAAAAUCUAGAAGAACAAUUAGAUCGUCUGGUAGCGCAACUUGCAGAUUUGGAGGAGUGCAAAAAUGAUUUAGAUGAAGAUGAAUAUGAGGAGACCAAAUCAGAAACUGUUGAGCAGCUAAAGGAAUUUAAUUCUACUUUAUCUAAUUUAAUGACAGGAAAUAUUUCACUUGUUGAUGAACUUGGAAGUAUGCAAUUGGCUAUCCAAGCUGCCAUAAGCAAUGCAUUCCAAACUCCAGAAGUUAUAAGAAUGUUUGCCAAAAAGCAACCUGGACAACUCAGGGAAAAGUUAUCUCAGUUAGAACGAGAUACCAAAAUUGGAAAACUUUCACAGGAUCUAUUAAAUCAGCAGAAGUUGGAGAUACUUUUUGCUUUGAAGAAGUUGAGUGAUGAUUUAAGUCCAGCAGAAAUUCAUUUCCUUGAGAGUCAUUCCACUGCAUCCAUGAAAGAGUUUGAACAAGUUUCAGCUGAAACAGGUACAAGUGAAAGAGUAUUGGAAGCAGCUGCAUCGCAACUAAAGGCCCUGUGAUCAUUAUAGCCUAGCCAAAUUGGUGUAUUUUAUUCGUUGCUCAAUGUUAUUUUUAUCUGUUCAUGACUAUGUUCCUCUUUUGCUUUUUUUUUCAUAAGUUAUGAUUGUUUUAAUUGUGCUCAAUGUUGCUAAUUGUCUGAUAUAUUGUUGAAAUUCUAAAAAAGAAAAAUGCACAUUUCUCUGUUGAAUAAACAUUUUAUUAUAAA